UUAAAGGUAGUGCUGUUCCCAUUCGAAAACGUUUUGUUCAAUUGACAGAAAUAAUGCUACAUUCCUAACUAAAGUACCAAUAUAAAAGUUUUUUAACCAGUUGUAAAUUAAAUUAAAACAAAAUGGACCUAGAACUGGAAAGUGAAGAUAAUGAUUUGGAUGCACUGCGUCAUUUCCCUCCCGUUGCGGCUACAACGCCAAAUUCGAACAUAUCAUCUCCAACAGCGGGCAAUGAUGAAACUACUUUCCCCCCUCAGUUAUACUUACAAGGUGCGACUGAAAAUGUAGAUCCCUUUUUGGGACUUAUUUCUGGAAUGGAAAGUAAAUUAAAUAAUUCUAAAAGAGGUCCUGGACGUCCUCGUAAAGAUUUGCCUUAUCUUAAAGGCACUCAGAAGCGCAAAACUUUUGGAGAUCAAAACACAUGCAAUGAUCGGAGUGGCUUAAUACUCUCAGUCUUGUCGUCAUCUGAAAGCUCCAAUACGGGUUAUCCUGAGGAUAAAUCAUUACAUACUAUUGAUGAUAUUUCAAAUCUUGACAAUUAUCCUGGCAAAGUAUGUUGUUUAUGCAAUUUAGAUGAAAAAAGUGCCUUGGGUCAGGGGGAUUUUUUAAGAUGGGAGACGGAUCCCGGUAACUGCGAAAAGGCUGCACAAUAUUAUAAUGAGAUUAAAGUGUGUAAAUCUGAUGAAAGCUUAAGAAGUACUUCAACCGAACAAAGUGCUUUUCGGAGGCAAAAAAGCAACUGUAAAGGAAAACUUAAUCAGAACGACUACUUCAAUGAACUAGACCGAAUAGGACAUACUGAAAUAACCUAUUUUCGCGAUCUUUUAGAUGGUUCUUAUAUAUACUUACACCGUAUGUGUAUUAUGUGGUCACAAGGAGUAAGUGGGAAAACAAGUGAAUUAAAAUCGAGUAUAGAGCUGUUAAUUGCCAAGAGUCUGACGCAAAAAUGUUCAUUUUGCGGGCAAUAUGGUGCAAGUGUUACAUGUAAAAUGAGUUGCACGAAGGUAUUCCAUUUGCCAUGCGCUGCAGCUAGCGGAGGCUUUCAAAUCAUGGACAAUUUUACAGUUUUUUGUGUAGACCAUAUUGAGCAAGUUAUGAUAAUAUGUCCAGAUGCUAAUAUCGCUUGCCACAACUGCUCGCAUAUGGAUGAUCUUGCAAAAAUUAUCAUGUGUGCCACAUGCGGAGAACAUUUUCACACGAAUUGCGUUGGUCUAAUAAAUACUCCAGAAACUCGUGCUGGAUGGAACUGUUCAAGUUGCCGUAAAUGUCAAAUAUGCAGAGAAGGGGACGGAACCGAGGGCCGUUUUAUCAAAUGUGAGCAAUGCCAACGAUUAUAUCAUACUACGUGCUUACGGCCCAUGAUUUCAUCUUUGCCCAAGUAUGGAUGGAAGUGCAAUCGAUGCCGAGUUUGUACUGACUGUGGUUCAAGAACUCCUGGUGGUGGAGCAUCUUCUCGAUGGCAUUGCCAAUACACGAUUUGUGAUUCCUGCUAUCAGCAACGUAACAAAGGGUUCUCUUGUCCCAUUUGUCAUAAGGCGUAUCGAGCCUCUGCCCACAAGGAAAUGGUUAAAUGCAACUUAUGUCAUAGGUUUGUACAUAGUACAUGUGACGAGGAUGCUGACUUGAUCAAUUAUCACAAAAAAAAGGAAAGCAACCCCGAUUAUGAUUAUAUCUGUCCACAUUGUAAAUUAAUGUCAACGAGCGAAAAAAUUACGACGAAUCAAGGUCGUUCAGUAGAAGGAAUUACGUUUCCUCAAGGAGUUGAUGAUAAUUUUGUUAGAGAAAUUGAUAUGGAAAGCUUCCCAAAGGAUUGUGGGAGUGAUUUUAGUGUAACCGAAUAUCAAUCUUCAAAAAUGUUCAGAAAAAAAAUUUUAUUACGUGGCCGAGGUGGGAAAUUAAUGGGACAAAAGAAUCAUAUUUUAACACAUCUCGGUCGAAAGCGUAAUAACGUCCGUGGAAAAGGACGACAGCUUUUAUUGAAUAAUAUUAAUAUACCCUCGUGCGGUGAUCGAACAUUGACUGGAAAUAGAUCAUCGGAUGAUAGUUUGUCAAUGGAAAGAAAAAUUUUAUUAUGCUCUGCUAAGGACAAAUUUCUAUUGUCACAAGAUUUAUGUGUAAUGUGUGGGUCUGCUGGUCUUGACAAAGAGAGCUACCUAAUUGCUUGCGCACAAUGCGGCCAAUGUUAUCACCCCUAUUGCGUGAAUACAAAAAUGUCUAAUGUAAUUUUGGAAAGGGGAUGGCGGUGUCUAGAUUGUACUGUAUGUGAAAGUUGUGGUCAGCGAAAUGAUGAGGGUCGACUGAUACUUUGUGACGAAUGUGAUCUCUCCUAUCAUAUAUACUGCGUUAGUCCUCCGUUAGACACAGUUCCACAUGGCAAUUGGAAAUGUAAGUGGUGUGCUGCUUGCCAGAAAUGUGGUCGAUAUACACCAGGAGUAAACCAACAAAGCCGCAAUAUAGCAAAUAAUGGUUUGAUGGAAUGUGGGCAAUGUUCGAGCCAAGAAGUGUGCUCAUUUUGCGAUCAAAGAUAUAAUGAAGGCGAACUUAUUAUCCAAUGUAGAAAUUGUGAACGCUGGCUUCAUUGCCGUUGUGAUUCUAUUAAUACUGAAGAGGAAGCGCAAAUAUGUGACAAUAUCGACUAUCAUUGUAUUUUAUGUCGACCUAAAGAGAAAUCGUUAGCACAAUAUUUAUCUUCGAAAACUUCAGUAACCAGUAAAACAAAUGUAACAUCGCCCGAUAAUAUCAACUUGCAAAACAACGAUCUAGAAGCUACAUUUUGGGUAGAUGGUAUAAGCAUGAGUGAACGGGGUGCAAAUAUGAUUAAAGCGUUGUCCACUGAUAUUAAGAAAAAACGUAAAAUGCGUACUCCCAAUGAUUCACAAACUAAGGAAUCGGGAAUACUAGCAGCUAUAGAGUCCGUUGUUGCUGGAUCAAAUGCGAAUGUUUCAGCAGAAGAUUUUGUUGAAGGAGAGUCUUUAAAAAAGAAGGACUUGGAUCAAUAUAAGGAUGGAAUGGUUUGGAUGGGUGCCGACAAUAGUCCACCUGAAGGAUUUUCCAUUUCUACAAACGAUGAGGGCAUUUCAAUAUUACGGAAAAAGCGUCAAAGAAAUUUACAAAAAAUAGGUAUCGGUGGGUUUAGUGUACGGAAUCGUGCACUUAAAAAAGAAGAACCGCCACAAAAUUCUAACAAUUGUAGUUUUUCGGAAUCAGAAAAGAGAAAGAAAGCUGUUCGAAAAAAAGUUAAAAGUCGUUUAAGUGAAGCUUACCCUGCGUACUUACAGGAAGCAUUUUUCGGUAAAUCAUUACUCGAUAUGAAAUGUAAAAAUCAAUUACCUGUAGAAGAUUCUGACAUAUCUGAUGAGUUGGUAGAGCUAAACGAUGCUUUAUUUAAUGAGGAAAUACCUAGCGUGUUGUCCAAAACUUCAGUGGCAUUGCCUAUCAAUGCAAAAAGUGAUCAAAGCAGUCCAAACGCCAAUAUGAAAGACUCUUUAAAUGUAAGCGCUAAAUGCAAUAAAGAUAUAGACAAAACUUCCAGUAUUGGUAAUGCAACAAAAACUACGGCCUUAAUAAGAGAAAAUCCAAACAGUGGCAUUUUAUCAUCACCUUCAUUUAAUGAAUCAAAGAUUACUAAGACACGUAUUGACGAUAAAGGAAAUCCAGCUACAUUCCUGGCGGAUGUAACAAAUGAAUCGUGUGUCUCUACUUCCACCUCAUUAUGUAAAGGUCAAGUCCUCGCUGCUUCCGACUGUUUUGGAAUAAAGCAAAUUUUUUCCAACUCUCAGCAAGGAACAGAUUUUAGAACAAUUGUACUUCCAAAGCCGAUGGAGGAGGUAAAUUUGCAGCCAACUAAUUUAAAUGAAAAUAAGGCGGGCGCGGCCUUUAUUACGCAGAAAUCGGAUCUGAAACAAAGUCAGGAGCACACAUCCCAAAUACAAGUACUUCCGAUGCAUGUUCAGAUUGACAACUCGACACGUGUAAUCGAUAGUGCUGUCUCUGAAAAUACAAUGAAUACACAUGGUCAAUUUGCUCAUCAACUCCAAAAAUCGCAAUUCAAAGCAGCUCCUGCACAACUUGAUUCUGCCGGAACUCAAAAGACAGCCGAAAAAAUGCGACGAGAUGAAGACUUGGGAGAAAUGGCAACAAUAUCUGCAGUUCUUUACGCGAAUACCCAGCAUUCUGAAUUAAAACAAACAUAUCCCAAUUGGAAUGAUCGUUGUAAGCAGAUUCUUAAGAGGUGGCGUUCCCUUUCCAAUGAGAAAAAAGCUCCAUUUUUGCAACAAGCAAAAGAUAAUCGAUCCGCUCUCAGAAUGCGGCGAUCCCAACAGGAUCAGGAGCGCAUAUGUUUUAAUCAAAAGUCUUUGAAAGAGCAAGAGCAAGAACGUAUAUGGAAACAACACCAGGCAAAGGCUAAGGAAGCACAAAAUAGCUUGGCAUAUAAUCAAAGGGGGCAUUCCUUUGAUUUAAGUGGAUCGCCUGAAGUGAAUCCAAUUGAUAAACGUACAAUAGUGUAUAAUGAAGAUAUCUUGCAAAAGGGGUCACAACAGCAAUUGGUUACCAAAGAAAAUAAUGAUAACCAGUCUGAAAAUAAGCAUCUAAGAACAUUACUUUUAAAGGAGCAACACCUAAGGACAACGAAUACAGAUCCCUGGAUCUCAAACCCAAUCAACACGAAUUCUUCAAAUAGUUUGUAUCAGCAUUCUUUAACGAGUGAUUUAAUGUCCAGUUCAAAUAAAUUAAAUUCAUUUACGAAUAUUGAAAGCAAAAAUGAGAUUGUUGAAGGAUCCAAAAAUGUGCAGCCUUUAGAAGUAGUUCAAUUGGAGCAAGCAAACGGUAAUGAAAACAAACAGAUAUUUAAAAGUCGCAAGGAUAUAAAACCAACGGACUGUGCGGAUUCCGAGCUUGAAAAAUUGGACUCUGAUGAAAAUGGUGCUUUUGGAGAUAUUUUUGGCGGUUUGGGUGACGGAAAUGAUGAUGAUCUCUUAAAAUCUCUUACGGCAGAAGACGACUUUAACAUACUUGAAUAUGCAGAUCCAGCUUUAGAUGAAUUAGCUUCGAAUCCAAACUUAUUAAACAAAUUAGAUUUUGAAUAAUAACAAUUGAUGAUAAUGAAAAUAUUUAAAAGUUUGUUAUUUCAUCUGUUUUAUUUUCUAAAUUAAUUUGAUGACUGUAAAAUAUUGAUAUGGAAUAUUCAGAUUGUAUGUGGAAUAUAUUUUCCUCAAGUCUAGAAUUGAAUUAAAAUAUUGUUUUAGUAGCACAUUGCUUAUGCAUAUUUAGUAAUAUUGCUUAUAUUUUUUUUUAGAUUCAUAUGGAAGAAUUUCAAACUCAAUGUAGAAAAUUGUAAAUUUAUGGUAUCAGCUAGUGGUGAUAGGUUGAAGUAAAAUUUAUCCGACUACCGCAUAAGCGAUCAUAUGUACAUUUGUAUUUAAUGUCGAUGUUUUUAUUUAUAUUAAAUAUUACUAGCAAAUACAA